CUAACGCGUGUGUAUCACUUCAUGGCAAAUCUUUAGUGCUCCAAAGAUGUCAACAUUUGAAGCAUUUCACUAUGAAUCCUAAGUUAGUGAAAGAGUUCAGAAGGAAACUCCGCAGCUCAAACAUCGCAGAUUACCAUGGUCUGAAGAGUCCGGGUCUGACCUGCUACUUAAACAGCGUCCUCCAGGUGCUCUUCAUGACUGAAGACUUCCGGGAGGCUGUGAAACAAUGCUGCAGUGACGAUUCAACAACUAUCGACUUACAGCUGGCCGAUCUGUUUUCUGACUUGGAGAAACAAAAUGCCAAAACCCACAACAUAAUAAAAAAACUUGGCAUCACGAAUGUGUACGAGCAACGAGAUGCUGCUGAGUAUUUUGAGAAGAUCCUUUGUCUGAGCAGCCCAGAGACAUCUAAGUCAUUCAAGGGGACGCUGGAUCACAGGACCAAAUGCCUCAAGUGCAAACACAUAAGUGAUACCAGCAGCGCUUUUUGGAUUCUGCCUCUUACCGUGGAAGAAUCUUGUCGUCAGAUCUACAGCAUGGAAAAGGGAUUGGAGGACUUCUUCAAGGGAGAAAAGUUCUGCGGGGACAACCAGAUUUACUGCACCCACUGCAAUAAAAAGCAAAAUGCAGUAAUUGGCUGUGAGAUGACACGGCAUCCACAGAUCCUGACCCUCCUGCUGAAGAGGUUCAGCUUUGACGACAAACGCAGGUGUCACGUCAAGCUUCACUGCGAAGUGGAAAUCCCCAAAACUUUACACAUGAGGCAUUGCCAAUACGACCUCUACGCUCAAGUGGACCACUUUGGUGAUCUCACAGGAGGUCACUACACGGCGCAAAUCAAAUCCUUUGAAACUCAGGGGUGGUAUCACUUCAAUGACGACAUCGUUAGGGGGGUCAGAAAUCCUCUAUUUAGGGGCGGAGACGAGUGUUUGAGGUCUGCUACAGCUUACCUCCUCAUGUACAGGAAGGUGAGAAAACAUCCUGAGAAAUCUGAUGAGGGCCACCUGACAGCUUGCGGUGCAAAACAACUGGAGGAUGAACACCGUGCAGAGGAAAACUUCAAGCCCUUAAACGGUGAUUUGUUAAACCAGAGCCACGACGGCGUGGGUUUGACUAAACAGACAACGUUUUCAUGGGGCCUGGAAAGUAAGCUUAAUCAUGGGCUGGUGAGUUUGAGGCACCACAAAAAGAUGAUUCAAGAAGACGAAGGACAAAAAAGAAUUGAGCCAAACAGCCAGCAACUUGAGAGGAAAUCAACUGAUCACUUCCAGUGUUUGAACACUAGAGGGAGCCCAACAACACAGCAUGCAAACUGUACGUUAGAAAACAAAAACACAAAGGUGACCAGGACUGACCGGGAAACACAGAAACUCACUCAUUCAAGAACUGAAAUAACAACGAAGGGGACUGAACGAAGCCUUACCAUUAAUAGACUUAAAACUGCAGAAGCUAAAGUGGACAACAGUGUCAGAGCGGCAGCCAAAGAAACUGGGACAAAGGGAGAAAAAAGUCCAGGAAAUGCUGCAAAAAGCAGAGACGAAGUCAUAAGAGAGCCAUGGAGGUGAAGAAAUAUUAAAGAUAUCUUAACUCUUAACUCUUAAAUCAUGACUGCAUUUCAGUCUGAAUAAGUUUCUGUUAUAAUUAUAUAAUUAUAAUGUUGUUGUGUUAUUUUUUAUACAAUGACAAUAAAGUGCAUAUCUAUCUUUGAUUAUUUAAAAAAAUACUGAAAUAAAAAGUUUUCUUCCAUUUUCA